AUGCUGUGCCUUCCUCGUCCUGUCGUCCUCGCAUCGGUGCUCGAUUUCGGCCUCAUCUUGCGCACGCGCUCGAAAACGUCGUCGGGACUCGAUGAAAUCCGUGUACAGCUUCGAUCCGGUCAGGCCAGUCUUAUCGCUCCAGUAUCCAGUAUUCCCAGUGACACAUUCACGAGUCGCAAUUAUGAGUCGACUGGCUUGAACUAUGCGAUUCGAUUUUCCAGGGUAGGAUCGAGGUCACGUUCCGAGGAUCAUGGCCUAAGUUCGCGUUUGUCUCAGAUCUUGCAGGGCAUUCGGUAUGCCGGGCAGUUGUAG